AUGCCUGCUAUCCACCAUCUCCAAGCACGGUUUCUAGAAGACUCAAACGGCAACGGCGGAAUCUCACCGACGGCUAUUGCCCUCAUUGUAUGCCUCGGAAUUGUACCAUGCAUCAUCUUGAUCUGGGCAGUCUGCUACCUCUUCUGGGCCUAUCCAUAUGACCGCAACUGCUGCUGCAUCAAGCGAAAGCGCCGCCCGGAGCCGCAAAGCGUACUGAACCAAGCGCCCAUGAGCGAGGAGACCCUAUUCGAAAAGCAAGGUGUGGCACCUCCACAAAGACCUUUCUCUGUUCAGACCAGGACCGAGUCGGGGAGCUCAAACAACAAUGGGCGCCUGCAGAAGCAGCAGAGGCCUGGCAGUGGAGUCGACACCCGGGGCGCGCGCAUGAGCCAGCAAAGCGUUAUGAGUGCGAACACCAUGACGUACGCCCAAGAGCCUCAGCGAUUCGCACAUCUACCACGAGAUCAAUACCUCAAGCUUAGCAGCGCAGCCACAAGAGUCGCGCCUGCGACACGCUUUACCCUUCGCGAUGAGCAGCUGGAGAGGAUGCAGAAGGCGCUGGGUCGAGAAGCUCAGUAA